AUGCAUCAACUCACCAUAUCCCUCCAUUCUCCUUCCACUCACUCUUUCCCUUCUCAUGCUCACUCUUCGCUUUCCGUCUUCCCUCAAUACCCUAUACUAAUCCUCCCCAUUUCAAUCCCCAACCGGCCCCAUUCCAACUUCGCCUCCUCCGGAAUCCAACUUUCUCUGCCCAACUACUACUCUACCUCUCUCGCCUCCCAAAACGGCCUCAUUCACGGUUGGAAAUUGCGCAGUCUUGGACUCAAAAACAUCGAUGUCGCCACCCUCGGUAAUCUCUGCGUCGAUAUUGUUCUUAAUGUUCUCAAAUUGCCGCCUCGUUCGCUGGAGGCUCGCAAGGCUUAUCUGGAACAGUUAUCCGCUUCCCCACCUGAUAAGCAAUACUGGGAAGCUGGUGGAAACUGCAAUGUGGCCAUAGCAGCUGCAAGGCUAGGACUCUCUUGUGCCACAAUCGGUCAUGUGGGCAAUGAAAUUUAUGGAAAUUUCCUCCUAGACGUGCUUCGUGAUGAACGGAUUAGCGUGGUUGGGAUCAGUGAAGAUAUUGAUGUCACUGACAGUACCUCGUAUGAGACACUUUUAUGCUGGGUUCUCGUGGACCCUUUGCAAAGGCAUGGCUUUUGUAGUCGAGCUGAUUUUAGUAAUGAGCCGGCAUUUAGCUGGUUGAGCAAGUUAUCAGCAGAGAUAAAGAUGGCUAUUAAACAGUCAAAGGUCCUGUUCUGUAAUGGUUUUGGCUUUGAUGAGCUCUCCCCCAGUUUGAUGGUCUCAGUUCUAGAUUAUGCUGUUGAAGUUGGGACAUCUGUUUUCUUUGAUCCUGGACCACGUGGAAGGAGUCUUUCUACUGGAACACCUGAAGAACAAAAAACAUUUCACCAUUUCUUGAAGAUGAGUGAUGUUCUUCUUCUAACAUCUGAUGAGGCUGAGUCUUUGACUGGCAUAGGAGACUCACUGUUAGCAGGGCAGGAGUUGCUUAGGAGUGGCAUUCGUACGAAAUGGGUGAUUGUGAAGAUGGGUUAUAGGGGUUCAAUUCUAGUCACCAUGUCAAGUAUUUCUUGUGCACCUGCAUUCAAGGUGGAUGUCAUUGACACUGUUGGGUGUGGAGAUAGUUUUGUAGCCGCUAUUGCAUAUGGUUUCAUACAUAACAUGCCUUUGGUAAAUACGUUAACAAUUGCAAAUGCAGUGGGUGCUGCAACUGCCAUGGGUUGUGGAGCUGGUCGAAAUGUAGCAACCUUGGAGAAAGUAAUAGAACUCGUGAGAGCAUCAAAUCUCAAUGAGGAUGAUGAGUUUUGGAAUGAACUCGUAAAUAAUUUGGAUGCUCAGGAAGUUACAUUUCUUUCCAAAAUGGUCAUUAAUGGAAGCAACGGUCGGCUGAAUCGUGUUGCCUUACAAAAGGUGGUCUCUGAGUUGCUGCCUAAGCUCAAGUCUGCACAAGUAGAGGGAAAAGUACCUUUUUGAUAGAUAUGAUGGAAAGUAGGCAUAUAGCAAUGAAUUUGCUCAUGGUUUUGGUGCCUGAUUCUAGUGGCAGAUGUGCUGGCAUCAAUUAAGGCCUGGACUCAGGCAAUUAACCUAUGUUAAACUCAUCAUUUGUGGAAAAAGGAUGAGAUACUGAGCAAAGCUUUGUUCUGCUGAAGAGUUAGCAUUAGCAAGCUCCUUCCUUCUAUUUAUCUCCCUCUCUUACUGAGCAUAUUUUUAAAUGAUUGUUCAGCAAUGGUGAUUUGGUACCCCAAUGAACGCCUUUUCGUUUUCUGAAUUGGGGUUCUGCAGGCAAAUUUUCUGCAUUCUUAUGCCCAUGUGAAGCUGCAUUUUUUUUUCCUCCAACCACUAGGACAUUAUACCUGUCUAGCAGGUGUCUAAAAUCCUUUGAUAUGACAUCUUUAUUGUAUUGUUUUUGCUACUAGGUUUUUGAAAUUGCAAGUAUGAAAGUUGUAUGACUCGUUCUCUUGAAUUCCUGAAGCAUAUUGAAGAGAUCAGGAAAACAUUAAAGAAUUAUUUCAUCUC